UUGGGUUCCAAACUUAUUAGUUGACUAUCCAUUUCUCAAAACUUUCAGCAAAAGCUCAUAAACAUGGGAGAAGGAAAGAGAUUAGAAGAAGAAGCUCAAACUUCCAAAAGACAUGGUGGUUGGAUCACCUUCCCCUUCAUCAUAGGUUCUUUUGCUUGCAUGACAUUAGCAACAGGAGGAUGGCUUUCAAAUUUGAUAGUGUAUUUGAUUAAGGAAUACAACAUUAAUAGUAUCGACGCUACUUUGAUUUUCAACAUUGUUAGUGGAUGCCUUUGUGUUUUUCCCGUUGUUGGAGCUGUUCUUGCUGAUUCUUUCUUUGGAUCUUUCUUUGUUGUUGCCAUUUCCACUUCCAUUUCUCUUUUGGCCAUGAUUUCCCUUACACUAACAGCAACAAUCCAUUCUCUAAGACCACAACCAUGUGAUCAUGAUAAUACCUCAAACACGUGUUCCUCAUCACCUUCGAGACUCCAAUACACAAUCUUAUACUCGAGCAUUAUCUUAGCAUGUCUUGGAUCUGGAGGCUCUCGUUUCACCACAGCAACUUUUGGAGCAAAUCAAUAUGAUACAACUAAAGAUCAAAACAUUUUCUUCAAUUGGUUUUUUGUCACUCUCUAUGCUGGAUUUGUUGCUAGUUCCACAGCUAUUGUCUAUAUUCAAGACAAUGUUAGUUGGGGUUGGGGCUUUGGCAUAAGCCUUGCCGCCAACUUAAUUGCCCUAGCUAUUUUCUUACUCGGAAAUCGCUUCUAUCGCCUAGAUAAGCCUAUAGGGAGUCCCUUCACUUCACUCGCUCGAGUUCUUGUGGCUACGACUCGAAAAAGCCUGGCUCGGGUGCAGGUGGGAAGUGAUGAAGGUUGCUACUAUUAUGGUGAUCAGGACCAUCGUGUGGGGAGGCUGGUUGUGGAUGAACUAAUGUUGACAAAGAGUUUUAGGUGUUUGAAUCGUGCGGCUCUAAUAACGCAAGGAGAUGUCCAUUUGGAUGGAACCAUUGCGAAACCUUGGAGGCUUUGUAAAGUACAAGAAGUAGAAGAUUUCAAAACUUUACUUAAAAUCUUUCCUCUUUGGUCAACUAGCAUUUUCCUCUCUGUGCCCAUUGCAAUCCAAGGAAGCUUAACUGUCCUCCAAGCCUUAACCAUGGACCGUCAUCUUGGUCCGAACUUCAAAAUUCCUGCCGGGUCUUUCUCCGUCAUCAUCUUCAUCUCCACCACCAUCUCACUAACCCUAGUCGAUCGAUUUCUUUACCCUAUUUGGCAAAAGUUGAUAGGACGAAUGCCACGACCUCUCGAACGCAUCGGUCUUGGCCAUGUUCUCAAUUUUAUUUCUAUGUUAGUCUCAGCAUUAGUAGAAUCGAAGAGACUCAAGAUUGCUCAUGUUCACCACCUUCAAGGCCAAGUUGAGGCAAUAGUACCAAUCUCAGCUUUGUGGCUUUUCCCACAACUAGUUUUGGUUGGCAUGGGAGAAGCUUUUCAUUUUCCUGGACAAGUUGGAUUGUACUAUCAAGAAUUCCCGAUGUCGUUGCGUAGCACAGCUACGGCGAUGAUCUCGCUCGUGAUUGCCGUUGCAUAUUAUCUUAGCACGGGUUUGAUCGAUCUACUUCAUAAGGUUACAAAAUGGUUGCCUGAUGAUAUUAAUCGAGGGAGACUCGACAAUGUUUAUUGGAUGAUAUCUGUGAUUGGAGUGAUUAAUUUUGGAUAUUAUUUAGUGUGUGCUAGGUGCUACAAGUAUCAAAAUGUUGAAGAUGGUGGGAAGAAUAUUAAUGAUUCUAUAACUCAACAUUGAGAACUCAUAUUAUAUUGUUAGUGUGACAGAAAGUUUGUAAGAAACUAGUAAAUAAAAGUUUGUAAGAAACUAGUAGAUCGAUUAUCUAUUAAGAACCACUUUUCAAUUUACUCUAA